GCUGAUUAAGAUACUGCGCCUAGUUUUGAUCCCAUGAUAACUGUAUAAUGAUAUGGACUGAAAGGACUAGUGAUCUUUAAACUGCGCUCUGUUUCAGAACAAGGAAUAACACUUUUUUUGGAUUAUAAAAAACAUGGUUUAUCCAGGAUAAUUGGGACAUUUUGUUCCAGUCAUUUCGAUGUCAAAACUUUCCCAACUGACCUGAAUUCACUUCUAUCAAAUAAGAUUGAAAUUGAAAUUUCCAUGAAAAUCCUAGCUAUUUUUCUAAUUGGUGAACUGGUCAGGUUGUUUAAACUCUUAAAAAUAAAGAUGCUUCAUGAUGCCAUAGAAGAACCUUUUUUUCUAAAUGGUUCCAUAAAGAACCUUUAACAUCUGAAGAACCUUUCUGUAUGACAAAAGCUUCUUUGUGGUGUAAGAAGGUUCUUCAGAUUAUAAAAGGGUAAGAAAGAGAUGUUUCUUUAAAUAACCUUUGACUGAAUGGUUCUUUGUGGAACCAAAAAAUGGUGGUUCUAUGGCAUCGCUUGAAGAACCUUUUGAAGCGCUUUGAUUUUUAAUAGUGUAUCCUAAGAACAUAUCACAAAGUAAAUUAGAUAUCAAGGGCUGCUUCGAUAUAUAGUAAAAUAUAAGCUUUAUUAACACCGUUUCCACCUAUUCACAAGAACAAUAUAUUGGCUGGGCUGCAGUCCACCAUCCAAGGCCUUUACCCUUUAACCUUGACCCACAACCUGGUUGCCUCUUUUCUAGAUCAAGUCCACAAUUAGCAAUCCACUGUUCCUUUUGGCACUUAAGGUUUCUGGGAUAGCAUUGCAACCCCAAAGGUCUCUGAUUUGCCCUAACAAUCGUCAGUAUGAACGGCUUCAUCCUCGAGUCAGAAGUUUCCACGUCUAACCAUCGUGAGUGACUUGCUGAAUAGUUACUUCAGCCACCAGCCUGACGACGCAGCGCCCGUUUGAUUAGUCAGAAACGAAGGAUGAACUUCAAAAAGCUUGUCAGCUUCUCUUUGCUAAAAAAGACAAAUGGUCCAGGCUUUAACAGUUCGUCGCAACUUAAAUGAGUCUGAGAGAAAGAGGCUGGACGAUGUUAUGAACCAAGGGUUUGACCAAUCUGUCUAUGUGUUCUGUCCCAAGAUCAUUACGAGGUCUCAAUGGGGAGAUGGUGGUUCUCCCUUCUGUCUGUCUCUCCCUGUGCCGUACCUUUUAAUCCACCAAUAUCAACCCUCCAGGCCUUGCAACCAAUGUGCCAGUGACAUGCAGCGCUACAAGCAAACCAAUGGAUGGUCUGACAUGGGAUACAGCUUUGUUACAGGUUCUGAUGGAAACCUAUACGAAGGCCGUGGCUGGAAUUGGGUCGGAGCCCAUACUUAAGGGUACAACUCUAUAAGCUAUGGGUUCUGCUUCAUCUGUGAUUAUACCUCCACCCUUCCUGUCAAGAGUGUGAUGGACAUGGUGCGGUACGGCUUCCCAAGCUGCAAUAUAAACGGAGGACAACUGUCCUCAGAUUAAAACUUAUAUGGACAGAGGCAGAGCGAUGCCACAGAAUGCCCAGGAAACACCUUCUACCGGGAAAUCCAGAAAUGGGAGCAUUGGGAGGUAAAAAGAUAA